AUGACAGUCGUCAGUUCUUUAAAUCAGUCUAGCUUAUGCCUUCGGGAUGGAAUUCCGAAGCAGCAUCGUGCUAAAGUGUGUUCUGAACAUCCUCAAUUAAAAAAUCUGAUAUCUACUCAAUACACUGGGGAAGAAUUCAAUCCUAUCUACUACACAAAUGAUUUCUUCAUUUGGAAAAUAUACCCUAAUUCAGAAAAAGUUUUUCAGGUUGGGCACAUGUUGACGUAUCAGCCAGUGUGUUUACUUGGAAAAUGUGGUUACAUUGCAUCAGGUGGUCUGGCCGGUCAAUUUGAUUAUUGGUCUCCCAACUUAAAGCAUAAGCAUUUGGAACUUGGACCAUAUUAUAAUAAUGGUAUUGAGAUCCAUAAACGAGCUUCCGAUCAUCAACCUGAGGCGCUAAUUUCCACAAAUGAUCGCUCUGUCAAAGUCGUCGACCUCACUUCUGGAAUAUUAACGCGGAAUCUUCGUCACUCUGUGAAUAUGAAUCAUGCUUCUGUUAGUAAUGAUGGCCGAUACAUGGUUUGUGUCGGCGAUUCACCGGAUUUAUUUUUUUACGAAAUUACUCGAUCCGGAGACUAUAUACUCCGACACACAGUACAAGCAAAUACAAAAGACUCGUCGAUUUGCACAAGCAUUUCACAAAACAACGAGAUGUUUGCUUGUGCUAGUCAAGAUUCUAGCCUCAGUGUCUUCGACGUUCGGUACAUGAAGCUCCCCAUGUUAACAAAAACCACAUCUCGAAAUCAACCUGAUGGAAGCGUCCGGAGCUGCCAUUUUACACCUCCCAACGCUGGUCCAUUAGAUCUGCUGCUGUAUACGGAAGGCACGAGAGUGUCGCAUUUAUUGGAUUUGCGUACCAAUAGAGAUAUUGAGCUUGUUCUGCCCGAAGAAGACAACUGCCCUUUUUCAACUUCUCAAGGAAUCUGUGGAUCAUGCUUUGCAGACGAUGGUUCAUCGGUGUAUGUUGCUUCUGCAACUCACUUGUACGAAUGGAAUAUUGACAAGAAAAGCCGAAAAGCCUUUCCUUCCUACGCCUUUGCCUAA